AUGGCUAUCAAAAAACUAGCAAACUUUCGCACUUUGGAGCCCAUACUCACCGUGUUGGGCUUGUGGCAAGGGGGAGAUAGUUCAUGGUUUAAGCGACAUUAUCGAUAUUACCAGUUAUUCAUGCAUACUACGAUUACAUUCACCUUCGCAUCCCUCAUGGUCUUAGAGGUCAUUUACAGUGAAAGUUUGGACUACGCCAUAGAUGUGCUAAAAUACAUGCUCGUUGAAAUGGCCAUUAUUUGCAAAGUACUCAAUGCCUGGUACUAUGCACAACCGACAGCCGAAUUAGUGAAUGAAUUGGAGGACAGUGCAAUAUUCGAAUUACACACGAGCGCCGAAGAGCAGAUGUGGCAAAAAUCACAAAAAAAUUUUAACAAACUGACAWUUAUCUAUAUGGGUACGGGAUUGAAUUCGGCAUUCUGUGCUUUACUAGCGGCGGCAUUAAUGGACGCCAAAGAACUACCUUAUGCCUUGUGGUUGCCUUAUGAUUGGCGCGAUACUUAUUUUUGGGGCAUUUACUGUUAUGAGUGUAUUGCGAUGCCCUUCACUUGUUUGUGCAACAUUACGAUCGACUUAUUCCAAGCUUAUUUGCUAUUGCAUUUAACRCUUUGUUUCCGGGUAAUCAGCAUGCGCUUGGAGCGGUUGGAAAGUGCCGGUACGGAAGACGCGAUCACCACGGAACUGCUCAAUAACAUUAAAAUGCAUCAGCGUGUGAAAGAAUUGGCUUUAAAGUGUGAGCAGGUCAUAUCACUAGCCUUGUUAUCGCAGAUAAUGCUCACUUUCCUAAUCCUUUGUUUCAUAAUCUACAAUAUGCAAAAUGUAGAAACCGCAAAUGAUAUUGCACACUUCAGCGAAAAUCCCGCUCACUUUUUAGCCAUGUUGCAAUACGCACUAAUUAUAUCUAUGGAAAUGUUUCUACCCUGUUACUAYGGCAAUGAACUGACUGUGGAAUCUGAGAAACUGGGCAUUCACCUCUACAGCUGCGAUUGGACUGCUAUGUCUGCGGUCAAUCGACGUCUAAUUUACGUGUAUAUGGAGUCUYUGAAGAAGCCAGUGGUACUAUGUGCUGGCAGAUUUUUCGAAAUCGGCAUACCAAUCUUUUCGAAGGCCAUGAAUAAUGCCUACAGUGUAUUGGCCCUUUUGCUGAAUGUCAACGAUGACGAAGAACAUUAG